AUGUUCAACAGGAAUUCCAAUGGCUCCUCUCUUUUCGGGAACGUAAAUACCUCCACACCGACGUCGACACCAGGCCCUAACACUGCUGCUGGCUCCAAUGCACAGUUCAUGCAAAAACCUACUGUGUCCGGUGGAAUGUUUGGGGCACCAAAUGGUAAUCUGUCUGGUACAAUGGCCAACUCUACGCCGAGUCCCUCUACUACUUUGUUCAAUAGAAAUCCACCGGCAAACCAAACUGGUACUGGACUGUUUGGCAACAGCAGCCAGCAGCAACAAACAAACCAGAGUGGUACAGGGCUAUUUGGUAACGGUAACCAGCAGCAACAAACAAACCAGAGUGGUACAGGGCUGUUUGGCAACAGCAACCAGCAGCAGCAAACAAAUAACCAAACAAAUGGUCUAUUUGGAAAUAAUUCCACCAACUUUUCCACAACUGGCGGGCUCUUUGGUAACAAAACUGGUGGACCCACUACCUUACAAACUAAUACGCCUAAAAGUACUGGGCCUUCAUUGUUUGGAAACUCUAACACAAACAAUCAAGGGACUGGGUUAUCUGGAGGUCCUAAACCAGCCACAGGUGGAUUAUUUGGGAAUAGUGCCAAUACCGGCGCAUUAGGGGGGUCUGGAGGACUGUUUGGUGGUAACCCUACAAAUGCAGUGAAUAGACCAUUCGGUACCAACUCUUCCAACGUAGGAAAUCCGUUAUUAGGAAACUCAGCUGCAGUUAAAGCGGAAACUAACCCUUAUGGUAUCAACGUGAACAGUGGACCUACAAAUAAUGUGCCGUUUUCAAGUGCAAGUAUACCAGCAUCAAUUACCUCUUCAUUGAAUGGGGAAGUUUCUCAAAAACGUCAGAACCGUUCUGACUUUGAUAAUACCGCUAACACAGGGUAUAGAAGAUCGUCUUGGAUGUCUUCAAGUAAUAGCAUCCCGAAGCCGACGGUCAAUAUGCCUCAUUCAAACUUGUUCAAUAAAUUGAGCUCAAGGUUGAAUUCUUCCGAUAAGCAUUCGGCCACCAGAGGUAUCUUUUCUCAAAGCUACGGUAAAUCGUGGUCAGGGAACGAUUAUUCUCGCGAUUCUGACUUAUUGUCUGCUAGAAAGGAUUUCUCGAUGAAUAAGUCUGGUUUACUGACCUCUGAUAGAGAGGGUAUCACUCAACUGCGGAGACUAAAAAUAGAUCCAAACAGGAGUGCUGCUAAGAAAAUAAAGCUUUUCUCUGGAAAUGCUGUGGUUACUCAGGACCACCACGACUCUUUUGAUUUGGAUGAAAAAAAUGAGGAUCGCGAAGUAACAAAUAAUACGAAUAAUAACUCAGACAAUGAUAACAACGACGUUCCUCACAAAAACCAAGGUCCAAGUGAACAUUUACCUAAAGAAAGUAAUUCUCCAGACAUUGGAGCAGAUAUUAAUGUUGUUGGUCAAAAAUCGAGUGAAUUGAGCACUGAUUAUUGGUGUUCGCCCUCUGUUGCAAUCUUGAAAGAUCUGACAGUCUCGCAGUUAUGCGCAGUUCCAAAUUUUGUCAUUGGCAGAAAGGGCUACGGUAGCAUCACUUUCAACACAGAUGUCAACUUAACUGACUUUGCACCUAAUUUUGCAGAUGAGUUGUUUGGCAAGACUGUAAUUUUUCGGCAAACAAAAACGGUUGAAGUUUAUCCUGAUAGCAACCGCAAACCACCCAUUGGUUAUGGUUUGAAUGUUUCUGCCACAAUCACCCUUGAAAAUGUUUAUCCAGUUGACAAGAAAACAAAAACCCCAAUCACCGACCCCUCUAAAACUAACGAAGUGCAUCUCUUAAUAAAAAGACUUGGAAAUAUGAGCGAUAUGGAGUUUAUUUCUUACAAUCCCUUUGGUGGUGUAUGGACUUUCAAAGUUAAACAUUUCAGUAUAUGGGGAUUGGUGAACGAAGAGGACGUAGAAGUAAGUGAUGAAGCGGUUGUUGAAAUGUUAAAAAAGGAACAAAAUUCAAAACUUGGUACUGACCGAACACAGAGAAACUUGGCUCAGUCUAACCAAACUGUGACAAAUGAAAAUCAUUUCAGUGGUAAACAAUCUUUCGAUCCCAGUAUGCUAGAGAAGCGUGACGUUCCAGACAACUCGCAGCUCAUGAUACACCCAGAAUUCGAUGACGACUACAUGAUAGAUGAGAAAGAAUAUGAACCGGACGUGACUGAACAUGAUUUUGAGGGUCUACAAGCAGAUCCAAUGUUGGCAACAUCCCGUGAUUGGGUUGAACAGCUCACACUUGCAGGGUCCUCUUCAAAAACGAUAUUUGGAAAAAUGAUGUCAAACCCAAAGGCGAUCGGUUAUGGUCAGGUGAGUGACAUGCUUUUAGAGUAUAACAAAGAGCUUGAAACAGACAAAAAAAUUACAAGCGAGUUGAGGUUGAGUACUAGUAGCAAGUUUGCCAAAGUUCUCGACAAUAAUUUUGUUUUACUAAAGGACAUACGUACAAACUCGGGCACUGCAGUUUGUGAGUUGCUUGGCUUAUCCAGCAAACAAAGUGUGUUGCAAACCAGCAUCAAUCCAGACCAACUUAAACUUUCAGAGAUAACUUUACGAUCUGACAACGGUUACCCAAGCAUAGCGAAAUUUUCACUGGAAUUUAAGAACUUGUUGGAGCAUGCAGGCAAAAACAAUAAAAUGUAUAAAAUAUGGCAACUCUGCUCCAUUUUGUUUGAUCCGAUCUCAUUCCCUUUUGAAGUUUCCAAUUCCAGUUCUGCCAAGCCACUUUUGAAAAGAUAUAGAUAUGAAAAACUAUGCCAGUGGUUAGUGGAGCAAAUCAAACCAACAUUUGAUACAAGUAACAAUCACAAUGCAUUUCCGGCUCAAAUGAUAUUUACUCACCUGAUAAUGAAUGAUGUCAUUUCUGCAUCUAGAACAGCGCUUGAAAGCCAAAAUGGGCAUUUGUCUAUUUUGUUGACAUACUUAGACUCUAACAACCCUCGUGUUCGUGAAUUGGCCGGUGAACAAUUGGCUGUAUGGGAAGCAAGUGGACAUUUUAUCGAUUCGGAUAUCAUUCGUAUUUAUCAGCUUUUGAGCGGGACCUUAUUUGAAGAUAAAGUUGAGAUUGAAAAACUGUCUGAAGAAUAUGGCUGGCUCUCUGUCGUUGCAUUGCACAUUUUUUAUGGGACAAUCGAUGAACUGUCACUUGAGGAACUCGUCAAGCAAAGUAUUUCGAGCCUCGUGGUCGAAGAGAAGAAUCUAAUCUACUGUGUUUUGGACCUAUAUGGAGAAGAGCAUGACAUCGAACAGUUACUGAUUAGUUAUAUGGUUGACAAUCAUAUCUCAGAUAUUCAAUUCGUGUGGUACAUGGUCCAGCUGUUGAACUUUGGUAGCUCACGGACCUUUUCCAAUGCCUUCUGCGAUAAAAUAACGUUGCAAUUUAUAGAUCAGCUUAAAAUUUCGCAGCUAGAACUGGAGGCACUGUAUGUGUCAUAUUUCCUGAAUGAUGACCUUUGUGCAAGACACCAUAUCGACUCUAUUGUGUACCGGAAACUGCCAGCCAUAUGGACAAUAGACGAAAGAGAAUACUUAGAUCUAUUCAAACUUCCUGAACACUUGGUCUUCAAGGCAUUGGCUCUGAAGGAGAAAUACGACGGUAACUUUAUUGCUGCUGUUGGGUACAUGUUGCAAGCCAACUGCUUCAGCCAGGCUAGACGGGAUAUUAUCUCCCGCGUCGGACCGUACUUCAUUCUAACAUUCCAACAAACAGGAGACAGAACAAACCUUGAGAAACUGAAUGAUGUUCUGACUAGAUUUUCAAAUGAAGAAAGGGAAAAUUGGGAAUAUGACCUCUCGGUGUUCGAGCAAUUUGUUCAGUUCGCUCUUGCAGAAAAGCCAGACUUGAAAAAAGUCCACUCCAUAAAGAACGGUGUGAAACUGCUGUAUCAAAAUAACAAACAUUGUAGGUAUAUUCCAGCCUGUUGUGAUGUUAUCUUGAAAACCAUAAAAAACAUCGAAAGGCAAUAG